GUCAUGUGACCGGAGGUGGGCGGGGCCUAAGUUGUUUCAGGAAGUAAUUGAAAUGUGUACAGCGAAGUCUUCUAUACCUCCCAGUCACCAUUUAAUCUCUUUCUGUGAAGUUUAAUCACAAAACUCAGUUUAUUUAUUGAAUGUUUUUAUAUCGACUCACACGAAAUGUUUCAAACCAGAGGAGGUUUCGAGUCUUUGUAGUCUUUGUCGACUUCAGGACACCAGCAUCAGCAUCAUGCUUAAGUUGUUGUUUCUCAUUUUGACAUCAUGCUGCAUCGGAGAGUCAAAGAGGAGAAAUGUCCUUCUGAUUAUAGCCGAUGAUGCAGGUUUUGAGACAGAGGUGUACAACAACUCUGUGGUCCACACGCCACACCUGCGCUCUCUGGCCCAGAAAAGCCUGGUGUUCAACAACGCCUUCACCUCCGUCAGCAGCUGCUCCCCCAGCCGCUCCACCAUCCUCACAGGCCUGCCACAGCACCAGAACGGCAUGUACGGGCUUCAUCAGGGUGUUCACCACUUCAACUCGUUUGAUGGAGUUCAAAGUCUGCCGCUGCUCCUCAGCCAAGCAAAUGUACACACAGGUAUAAUUGGGAAGAAGCAUGUGGGUCCCGGAUCUGUCUACCCAUUCGACUUUGCCUAUACGGAGGAGAACAACUCUGUCCUGCAGGUGGGGAGAAACAUCACCCGCAUCAAACUGCUGGUCCGCAAGUUUUUCAAGACCCAUAAGGAGGAAGCCUUUGAACGAGGGCGUAAGAAAGAAAGGAACGAAGACGAUGUAAAAGAGGAAGAGAGGCCAUUUCUCCUGUACGUUGCUUUCCACGACACCCAUCGAUGUGGACACUCGCAGCCUCAGUAUGGAGCUUUCUGUGAGAAGUUUGGAAAUGGUGAAAUGGGGAUGGGAAGAAUACCUGACUGGACUCCAGAAUAUUACACACCUGAACAAGUGAAGGUUCCUCCUUUUGUACCCGACACACCUGCAGCACGAGCAGACCUAGCUGCACAGUACAUCACAGUUAGCAGACUUGACCAAGGUAUCGGUCUGGUUCUGCAGGAGCUCAGAGACGCUGGUUAUGAGAACGACACUCUGGUCAUCUACAGCUCAGAUAACGGCAUCCCCUUCCCAAACGGCAGAACCAACCUGUAUCACUCGGGGACAGCAGAGCCCAUGCUGGUGUCUUCUCCGGAGCACAGGGAGCGAUGGGGAGACACCAGUGAGGCCUUUGUCAGCCUGCUGGACAUCACUCCCACCAUUCUGGACUGGCUCUCUAUCCCCUACCCGUCGUACAGCCUCCCUGGCAGCACCUCCACCCCCGUCCACCUCACCGGCCGCUCCUUGUUGCCCGCUCUGGUGUCUGAGCCCAGCAGCUGGCACACCGUCUACGCCAGCCAGUCCCUCCACGAGGUUACCAUGUACUAUCCAACCCGCUCUGUCCACCAGGGGGCGUAUCACCUUCUCCAUAACCUACACUACCGCAUGCCCUUCCCCAUCGACCAGGACCUGUACGUGUCCCCCACCUUCCAGGACCUGCUGAACCGCACGCGGCUGAGCGAGCCCACACACUGGUUCAAAAGCCUGCAGCAGUAUUACUACAGAGAGCGCUGGGAGCUGUACGACUCCAGGGCGGACCCUCUGGAAACAGAGAACCUGGUAUCAGACCCGUCAUACAGCGCCGUGCUGGAGAGUCUGAGGCAGAGUCUGCUGAAGUGGCAGUGGGAGACAGGGGACCCCUGGGUCUGUGGACCUGACUAUGUCCUGGAGGACAAACUGGAGCCUCACUGCAGACCUCUUUACAAUGGACUCUAACGGUGCUCUUACACAUCUUGACUGACUAUGCAUACAUUGACACAUUCUUCUUGUAAAAUAAAUGACAUAUGUAUUUGUAUUUUUAUAUGGAAGUGCUGCUUUUCUGCUUCUAAAUGAAUAAAACUCGAGUUCCCUUAAUUCCAA